AUGUUGGUGGAGCGCUUUGAGAUCGAUGUGGCGCAACGCACGUUCGAGAUCGAAUUCGAGCAAGUAGAGUUCCAGGAUGAGGAAGACGUGCCGAAGAUCCAGGAGCAGGUGGAAAGGCUCUUCGACCGAGCUGCCAAAGCAUUGCUGCUCAAGCCGCCGGCAGGGAACUCGGUACAGGCCCAGGAAGCCUCGGAGCCGGGCCGUGUGCAGGAGCUGCAGGCAGACCGUGAGGUGGUCCUGGCCGCAGUGAGGAAGAACCACCGCGCGCUGAAGUUUGCCUCCAAGGAGCUGCAGGCAGACCGUGAGGUAGUGGCGGCGGCAGUGGCAAAGGACUACCGCGCACUGAAGUUCGCCUCAGAGGAGCUGCGCGCAGACCUUGCCGUGGUGGCAGCACAGGCCAAGGAGAAGCAGGAGUGGCUGGCCUGCGUAGCAAAGAACGGCCUGAACCUGAUGAAUGCGCCAGAGGAGCUCCGGGGCGACAAGGACGUGGCGCUGGCG